AAGAACAACCAGACCUUAAUAGUAUCCUUAUUGCUUUGCAACUGAUCCAGCAAGAAAACCAAUUAUUAAGACAAGAAAAUAUAGAUGUUCGCAACAAACUCAACCAACUAUUACAAGGAGGAGCUCACAACCAACCAAGAGAGCCUAAAGUUAGUCUGCCUGACAAGUUCGAUGAGACCUAUUCUAAAUUUAGAGGGUUCUUGAACCAAAUACAGCUUAUUAUCUGUUUACAGCCUAGCUAUUACACUAAUGAUAGAACACAGGUGGAGUUGCUUGGCAGUCUACUUGUAGACCCAGCUCUGGCAUGGUUUGCUCUACUUCUUAAAAAAGAAUCAGCAUUGCUGAAUGAUUUUGAUGGUUUUGUCGAAGAGUUCAAGGCUACCUUUGGUGAUUCAGAUAAGGUCAGCAUGGCAGCCAACAGAAUUAGAAAACUCAACCAAGAAUCUAAAUCAGCUUUAAGCAAUGCUUUAGAAUUCUGA